AGACCUUUAUCGGGCGUAAAAAUAAAUAAAUUAUUAAAUUUGUAGUAAUAUUUGAAACACAGAUGUGUGCAAAAUGUUGAAUGACCUGCUUGUCGUGCUCAGGCAGCACCAGAAUAUGACAAAAUCAUGUAACUUGGACUAACGAGGUAGAACAACAAGAGGCAGCCCUGCAGCAACAAGACAACAACAACAAAAGAACACACAAAAAAAAAACGAAAACAUAAUUUGGUCAAUUUGCAUAUUCAUUAAAGAGCGACACAAAAAGUACAUAUAUAUUAGGUAAUUCACGCACAAUAACAAAAUGAGCAAACUGGAAACGGAUUCGGACAGUUCUGAGGAGUUUUUCGAUGCCGAAGACACAACACCCAAUCGCCAUGCAACUCUUGGCCGUAAAUUGCCGACGGAGUGCGCGCAGGAGUUCAUCUUCCCGGAGCCAGCUGUGCGCGUGAAUACGGCCGCCUCAUCGGACAGCGAUGCAACUCCCAUCGGUGCUGGCACCCCCGCCACCCGCAGUCCCACCAACAGCUUAGGCGCCCGCCUCAAGCAACAGGAUGCUGCUGUUGCCGCCGCCGCCGCUGCCAAUGUCUUUGUGGAGCCCAAGUCAGUGAAGGGCAUGUCUGGUAGACAACGCUUUCAAGAACUACGUCAAUGCAUGCAAAAUGAUGAAGAUGAUAAUCCAGGAAAUACACUCACACCUGAUUCUCAGAACAGCUCGAUGGAUGGCGUCUUCACAAAUCGGCCAACACAUCCGUUUAAGGUCAUUGAAAGUGAUACGAUGAGCAUUCAGAGCAUGACAUCAUUGGGUCGCGUGGGACGCAUCUUGGCGGGCAGUAUCGAUCCGUCGUCAAUCAGCAUUGAUCGUGAAUCGCUGGCGUCAAUGAAUGCCCAGCAGCAUCAGCAGCAGCAACAACAACAGCAACUGCAGCAGCAACAACAGCAACAACGUCAGACGCCGCCACCUGCAAGCUCUGCGAAUGCCUCGUCAACAGCUACGUCGGCUAUAGCGGCAGGAACUGUCAAGCAUAUUCCAAGUGUGACAGCCUCUAGUGCAAUAAGCAGCAGUACGGGAGCAACUGCAGCGCAAACUACGGCCGUCGGUGGUGCCAUUAUGUUGCAGGAGCCGGAUGUGAUAGCAAGCACAAAGCUGGCGCAUUCAAAGACCACAGAUUCCAUCACAUCAAGCGGGCCAAUUGCACCGCCGCGGCGCAAAAAGAAAUCACGCAAAUUCUCCAGCAGCUCCUCCGAGCAGUUUAACAUGAACGAGGGUAUGCGAUUGCCGGCACCGGAUACGGAGGACACCGACAGCGAUACACGGUCCGUAAAGAGUGUGCGAGAUGUGCAACAGAAAUUGCGUGAUGAUAUUGUUAAGGAGUUCGAGAGCUCGCUAAAUGAUGUAAGCGCCAAGGCGUCAAAUAUAACGCUGACCUGUUCCUCAACCAGCACAAUCGUAUCCGCCUCUGCAUCGACCACGACCACACCCUCAUCCCUGGCCCAAAUGGCCUCCACGAGUCAUGCGUCGCAUGUGCGGCCUGUGUCAGCGGCGGCAAUUAUAGUCAAGCCUUCGCAUUCACUUGGCAACAGCGUCACAUCGGUCUACUCGAAACCAAGUCCGUCUAAUUCGGCCAAAAGCAACUCGGCACCGGGAAGAGUAAGUUCCAUCGAUCCCAAUCAGGGUCUUAAUUUAUUCAAGGCCAUACAAGGUAGCUAUGUGGUUAAGCCGCGGGAUGAGGCAAGCAACAAGGCCCAGGGACCGUCCCAGGAUGAAAUCGAGCGCAUCGAGAAGAUGCUUAUGGAGAGUGCUAGUCGACCCAAGCUGGCGGGCAGCGGUUCCAAUAGUCUGGGCAGUUCCACACGCUAUACGGCCUUGUACCGGGGCGUCAAUGACAAGGAGCGACGCAAGUCAGCUGGGGAUGAGGAUGUGUUGAGGCAGAUGAACAUUUAUGUGCGCACACGCACCAAUUCGGGCAAACAGUUGACUGACUUUGAGAUACUCGAACAAGUUCCUGUAAAGAAUUUGGAUACGGGAGAGAAUAUGCCGCUAUCCGAAGUGCGUUCACCGCCAGUGCCUGAGGGCUGGAAUCCGCUCUCGCUGCAUAUAUUGAAGCUGACCUCACAUUUGGAGGUGAUGCAAAAGGAAUCGGACGAGGAGAGCGUCAUCGGCAUACCGCCUAGUAUUGAGGGGCAGCAACCCGACGAGGAGGAGCUGGAAACGGAGGAUGGCAGUCGCUUGAAAAAGAAAACGGCGCGCAUUAAACGUUUCUUUGGCAGCACAAUGCGCAAAACGGUGGACAAGGCCAAGUCGAUAGCAUCGGAGGUGUCCCAUGCGCGACACAAGGAAGAUGUGGCUGACAUUGUGGAUGCCAUGAAUCCCGAGCAGAAUAUCAAAAUCAAAGCAUCCUCCUCCAACAAGGGCCCCUAUGAGUUCACCAAGCUGCAGCAUGUCCAGGACUUGAGUGGCGAGGACACCAGCGCUGUGUGGUGCAUGAAAUUCAGUUCAUGCGGACGUCUACUUGCCACCGCUGGACAGGACAAGGUGCUGCGCAUUUGGGUGCUCAAAGAUGCCUAUCCCUAUUUCCAGGAUAUGCGCAACAAGUACAAUGCCGAUCAAAAAUCUUCGCCCACGCCAUCGCAGGAGUCGCUGGUGUCACAGCAUUCCGCCGAGGAGGCCAUUGCGAUGGCCACCGCAGCCGAGAAGUGCACGGGUCCGUUUAUGCCUAAGCCAUUCUGCACCUACAAUGGCCACACCUCGGAUCUGCUCGAUGUCAGUUGGUCCAAGAACUAUUUCAUCCUGUCCAGCAGCAUGGACAAAACGGUGCGACUGUGGCACAUCUCCAGAAAGGAAUGUCUCUGCUGCUUCCAGCACAUUGAUUUUGUCACAGCAAUUGCGUUUCAUCCGCGCGACGAUCGAUACUUUCUUAGUGGCAGUCUUGAUGGCAAGCUGCGUCUCUGGAAUAUUCCUGAUAAGAAGGUGGCGCUAUGGAACGAAGUGGAUGGUCAGACGAAACUCAUUACGGCCGCCAAUUUCUGUCAGAAUGGUCAGUUUGCAGUUGUCGGCAGUUACGAUGGACGCUGCAUCUUCUACAACACGGACCAACUGAAGUAUCACACGCAGAUCCAUGUGCGUUCCACGCGUGGCAAGAAUCGUAUUGGCCGCAAGAUAAGCGGCAUUGAGCCCAUGCCUGGAGAGGACAAGAUAUUGGUUACGUCCAAUGACAGUCGUGUCCGCCUAUACGAUCUCCGCGAUCUGAACUUGUCCUGCAAGUACAAGGGAUAUUUAAAUGUAUCCUCCCAGAUCAAGGGCUCGUUCAGUCACGAUGGCAAGUACAUUAUUGCUGGCUCCGAGAAUCAAUGUAUCUACAUUUGGAAAACGAAUCACGACUACUCCAAGCUGAGCUCGGUUCGUCGCGAUCGUAGUGAUUUCUGGGAGGGCAUUAAAGCACACAAUGCCACUGUCACCUGUGCCAUAUUUGCGCCACAUCCGGAGGCGAUUAUUAAACCGGAACCGGAUGAAAUUUCCCACGAUAAGUUACCGAACAAUCAGCCGGAUCCAUUGGUGGAACAGCACAAGAAGGGUUGUGGCUAUGUGCUCGUCAGCGCGGACUUCAAUGGCGCCAUCAAGGUGUUCAUCAACAAAACAAAGCCGAAGCACAGCAGUUUGCCUUACACGGCCAUUGCAGAUUAAUCGAUUGUGGAUAAUGAAAAAAUAAGGGGAUUGGUGUGAGGGAAAUGCAAAUGCGAAAUGCGCUAAAAAAAAUUAAUGAUUUCUCUUUGAUUUUUGUACUGUAUUUAUGAGAAAUGUAUAUGUAUUUUGUACGGAUAACCAAUUAAUUGAUAGCAUUAACGCUUAUUUAUGUUUUUAACCUAUUUGCUUAACUUAAGGUCGUAAUAUCUUCUAUGUAUGUAUAUGUACAAGUAUGUCCUAUAUUUAUGAUUAUGUUAAAUGUUGUUAACGGCAAUCGAGUGCGGUGUGUGUAAUAUCUUCUUAUGCAGAGUAUGUUUUUUAAUGUUAAUUAUUUUCUAAUGACAACUAAGUGUGUAAAUGCGCAUGUAGGUGAGUGUAUGAGCAAGCUGUGUGUGUGUGUGUGUGUGCUUGUUGAUAUUUUAUUGCAUGUUUUAUUAUUAAUUAAAUUAAUGCAAACUAAUUCAAAACUCCUUCGCACACACACACAAACAUAUACACGUACUUAUACACCCACAAAUAUGACAAUUACUUAAUGAUAAUUAGCUUGUGGUAAUUAUUUAAUAUACUUAUGAUAUUUUGUGUAAAAGUAAAGAAAUUUUGCGACCCUCGGGGCUGCCAAUGUGCACUUUAA